AUGUCAGGUGGCUCUCGGAGCCGAGAUGGCUGCUUCAACUGUCGAAGACGAAAACGAAGAUGUGACGAAGAGAAACCAACAUGUCGACGAUGUCAAAGAGCCGGGGAUGACUGUAUCUUUCCGAGUCCAGCUUCAGCAUCGAAUCCGUUAAAGUUUAUCGUGGCGGCUUCAAAUGAUCAUUAUCUGGUACCGAUUGAUAACCAGAGCCAUAGCUUUCUGAAUCUUUCACCUCGGGAACUUGUUGCUAUUUGCAAUACGACUGAAGGAAAGGGAAUUGUUUGGACACAGGAAUCUGUUCCCCGCAGUUUAUCACCGUUUGCCUUUGAGUCGGGACGUUCAGUCGAGAAAGCUCUCGUACAAUAUUUCAUUCCACGAAUGUUUUACCAAGGCCCUUUGUUCUCCGCUGUCCUAGCCAUGAGCGCAGCAGAAUGGGCACAAAACAUUGUUCCGGAUGGAAGAGACUACCGUGCUCUGUCAAUGCAGUACAAAGUCCGAGCUCUCCAUGAAUUACAACACGCACUUCCAGAUCCCCAAGGCAGUGAAGGCAAUCUUCUCACUUGUGUUCUUCUGGCAUCUCUUGAAAUCGCACAUGGAUCUUGUCCGACAUGGCUUCGUCAUCUUCAAGGCGCACUCGCUCUACUUGAGAGUUUCGGAAACAGUAUUGACCCCAAUGUGGCCGAGUUUGUACUCCAGUAUUUCCGGUUUCGAUAUAUUCUCAUGGAGACUACACAACCUACUCACCAGGACUCUUUACACCAAGCAAUGGCUGCUUUGGCCAAAGCUGAGGCUACACUCCCGCAUUCUCGAAAUCUGGUUGAUGAACAGAUUGGCUGCUCAAUGGAUCUCGUCGACAUCAUCAACGAAAUAUCGUCACUAUCUACUCACGACAUUUCCAAGGAUCAACUGUACACAACAGGCCAGGAAAUUGAACAACGACUCGAGGACCUCUCUUUUCAGGGCUCUGACGACUACCUCUUGCGAAGCGCCGAGUCUUUCAGAAUUGCGGCCCAAAUCUACCUCCGCCUUGUCUGUUACAACACAGCCAUCACUCACCCAUCAAUUCUGGCACUUCAUGAAUCACUUCUUUCUUGUCUCUCCGAUAUCAUCGUUGAAGGACAAACUCGAAGAUCAUUCCCCAUGUGGCCACUGUUCUUGGCAGGCUGUGCAUGCUCAUCGGAUGAGCAACGAAAGGUCGUGUUGGAUCACUUCAUGUUGAUGGAUAGUAAAUGGCCCAUUAGCAACAUAUCUGCUGUUUGGAAUGCACUCAAGCUGAUCUGGCAUACAAGAGAUCUUCAAGUAUCGAGUACAAACCAAGACUGGAGGGAGAUUAUUCACAAGUUUGGGUGGAAGCUCUCGCUAUCCUGA